AAAACGGCGAAAACGGAUUUGGCUUACCGUCCUACGUCGCGUGGGGCCAGAUUUUCUACUGCCAGUACUUUGAUCUGCCGCCUUUUGUAACGUGUCGCUUUUUCCGUUCUUCUUCCUUCCGGUCUUUCCUCAACCACCACUCAAAAUUCUGUCUCCCCAUUGUCCCGAUGGCCUCCCACCAUCCCCCUGUUGCUCUUCCUCCAGCUGAACCGAUGCUCGUGGAUUCCGAUGUCGAGGCAGAGGUCGACCAGCUCGAUUCUGACACAGAGGGUCUGGACGAACCUAAUCCAAAUGGCGCUUCCGUCUCCACGAACAACGCCGUGAGCGGUGCUCGGAGCAGUAGACCAGUUGGACAGACCCUUUUGCCUGGUGGGAGGUUGGAAAAUAUCAUAUCAGCAGACGGAGUGACCGGGAGCCUGUCAUUAUCGAAGGAGGCCCUCUUCGUACUCUCCAUUGCUACUGAAGAGUUCAUAAAACGAUUGGCCCAGGGUGGGCUACGGCAAGCCAAUUCAGAACGACGGUCUGCAGUGCAGUACCAGGAUAUGGCUGCUACGACCCUUCAAUACCAAGAGUUCAGAUUUCUUCAAGAUACGAUCCCUACAGCCAUCUCUCUGGCUGAUGCCAUAUUCCUCCGCGAGGAGACAGAAAAGCAACUUUUUGACGAAGACCCUGCACCCCUCAAGCCUUCUACAUCUACCGCGAACUACACAUAUCCCGUCAUCCCACCGCUUCCCUCCACAAAACCCCCGCUACCUCUGAACAUGUCUUCCAAAGCCAAGGGCAAGAGCCGUGCAGCAAAUGGAAAGGAAAAAAGCAACGGCAGCGCCAGCUGGACCAACGGCACUCCGAGCCAUAGCGAGUCCACUACCGGCGAGAUGCCCAACGGCGUCCUGGAUGCCAGGCCGUGGUGGCACUACUGGCCUAAAAAGCCUCCUGGUCAGGAGCAGAAGAACGGAAUGGUUGAAGAGACACGACCAGCCAUACCUCAUGAUCCAACAGUUGCCGGAACCUCGCACGCGCCCACUUCAUCCAUCCGUGGACGGAGCCAAUGCCUCACAGCCCGACACACCCAGCGUCGUUGAAAGCCGGGGACGUUCUGCCUCUCCCCGUCCUAGCCAAUCACAAACUCCACUAAGCGAAGAAAUAUCAUCAGAGCCUAGACAAAAUAUCAGCGAGAUACGGGGAAUCCACUGUCGAUUCUUAGUUGGACCCUAGAGAGUCAGUAUCUGUAGAUUUCUGAGGGCCCUGUAAUUGUAGUUUUUGUUGGACUAGCUAUUGUACUCAAGAGGCAGUAAUUGCGUACUACGACGGUGUUGUGUAAUUAUCGUUAUUAGAAGAAGGGGUAGUACUUUAUUUAUCAUUUCUACAACAUGAAUAUACCUCAGUUGUGCUCUCAG